AUGGUUUUUAGAUUUUCAAUAAAUGAUGCCGCAGUUAAAAUGUCUGAUAAACACAUGGAAAUGAUCUACAAUCGAGAAGAAAUACUUAGUUCUGAUGCAAAAAAAUGGGCUGAACAAUUAAUUGAAGAUUUGAAAAAUUCUGAACAGCAAAGAUUUUGGAUGGUAUUUGAAGAAAUAACGAAAUAUUGCGAUAAUGUAACGUCUUGGCUUGAAUCUUUAAAACAUUUAUAA